GAUGCGUUUGAUCACAAGAAAGCGAAAGAAGAAGGGGUUAUUUUACCGAAAAAAGGUAAAUUCUUAUUGUUAUAAGUUUUUCAAUUUUGUAUCGAAUACGCUAUACAAAGAUAGACCGAUCGUAUACGUUUAAUAGUUCCUAGCUUUGGCACUUGCAAAACAAUUAGUUCAGUGGCUGUGCUUAUAAAUUCCCAUGCCAUUCAAAUAAAAAGCGUGUUGUCAAUGUAUAGGUGUCGAUGAUGAUUAUGAUAAGGCUAUGGAAGACAUCGCGAAAACAAAACAAAAUUUGAAAGAUUAUCUAGAUCAACAAAAGAAACGACUUGGAUGCACGGUUAGUGUAUUAAAGUGCUAUCAGUUCUAAACUGUUCUUCCUAGAGGUCCUGUAAGAAUCAUCUCUUAUUGAUCCAGUGUUACCACAGGAGGAAAUCUAAAAUAAACUAACUUUAUUUAUACUGGGUAGCUCAAUCAGUUCUAAACUGUUUUUCCUAGAGGUCCUGUAAGGAUCAUCUCUUGUUGAUCUAGUGUUACUACAGGAGGAAACCUAAACUAAACUAACUUUAUUUAUACUGGAUAGUUCUAUCAGUUCUAAAGUGUUCUCCCUAGAGGGCCAGUAAGGAGGCCAUAGUUCUCAGGGGAAAACCUGUGGUGUUUGGUAAAGUCAAACUGGAAGCACUCUUCUCACAUGUGACUGAGGUGAAAUUAUAAUCAGACAAUUGUAUAUUGUAAGAAUCAAACACCAGCCACAGAGGUGUAACAUAUACACUUGUACUAACAACGGUGCAACCAACGGUUCUUUAGGCAAUCUGUUAUUGGGGAACAGGUAAGAACAGAUAUCAACUGGAGAUUCCUGAGAGAGCUCUCGCACGAAACACGCCGUCCGAGUACGAACUGCAGUCAUCCAAGAAAGGAUUCAAGCGAUACUGGUCUCCAGAGAUUGUUAAACUGAAUGAGAAAUUGAAUGACGCUGAAGACAGGCGAGAUGUGUGCUUAAAAGACACCAUGAGAAAAGUAUUCCAUAAGUUUGAUGAAAGGUAUGACGUGUAGGAUUCUAGCUUGUGUACGUUGGUGGCUCACGGGUUGUGCGUGUGUGGUCACUGUGACGUUGGUUUGAUUUUUGCAAUAUUUUUAAUUUAUUCAUACUGGAUAGUUCUAUCAGUUCUAAGCUGUUCUUCCUAGAGGUCCAGUGAGGAUUAUCUCUUAUUGAUCCAGUGUUACUACAGGAGGAAACCUAAACUAAACUAACUUUAUUUAUAUUGGAUAGCUCUAUCAGUUCUAAACUGUUCUUCCUAGCGGUCCAGUAAGGAUCAUCUCUUAUUGAUCCAAUGUUAAUACAGAAGGAAACCUAAACUAAACUAACUUUAUUUAUACUGGAUAGCUCUAUCAAUUCUAAACUGUUCUUCCUAGAGGUCUAGUAGUAAUUCGUUCCUUAUCGGCGCGGUGUUAGUACAGGAGGAAACUGGAGUACCUGGGGGAAAAGCAACAGUGUUUAGUUUUUCCCCAAAGUGGAGACAUUCGUCUCAAAGGUACCUACAUUUAUAAUUUUUUUAUUUCUCAGCUACGACAUGUGGGAAAGAACGGUGCAGUGUGUUGCUGUCUUGGAUUGUUUAAUAAGUUUAAUGGUAUACAGGUUAGUUUUGCGGUUGCUCUUUUAUUCUCAAGAAUAUUCAAUUUAAGAAAUUCAUCUGCAGUGUAUCUAGCAUGAGUCGAUAGUUUACAGCGUGUGAUUCAUCUUGAUGAAAACAUUCUUAUUCCUCAACAAUCUUAAAUACAUUGAAUUUACGUAAAUCAGCAGCAUUUUGUAUCGGAUAAACAAGCUUCCUUCACGCAAGGUUCUUUGUUAAUUGAUGAAUUAUUUAUGUAUUACAAUACUCUUUAGUUCACAGACAGAAGGGAUAAUGUGCCGGCCGGACGUUGUUCCCAUCAGUGAUGGCGACGAGGUUUGUAAUGAAAAAAUCUAAAAAAAACACUAAAUGACGUGAAGUGGUUUAAAUAUGCCCGUCAAUUCAUGUGCAAUUCCUCCUUUCUAGCCAUUUAUAGAAAUUCGGGAAGGCAGACAUCCUUGUGUGUGUCGGACAUACAGCGGUGGAGACUUUAUUCCCAAUGACACGGUCAUUGGACGCUGGGAUCCUUCGAGUAGUCGCAGUUCUUGUGUUGUGGUCACUGGACCCAAUAUGGGCGGGAAAUCCACUCUGAUGAGACAAGCUGGAUUGAUUGUGAUAUUAGCACAGCUGGUAAGUGCUUCGGUUGAAUGUUUCACUAAGUAUUAUCGUGCAGCAGAUAGUGGUCAAGAAAAUUACUUUCAUUCUAUGGAGUAGCCUUGUAUUUGGUAACAAAUAAAUACAAUUGAGAGUGUAGUUCUUGUUCCUAUAAGUGAUAACAGAAAAAAGAAUUUUCUCCCUGGGAGCAUAAGGGAGCGGUCAUUAUUUAUGGGGGGGGGGGGGGGGUUGGGUUGCACCGAAGAGAAAUGUUUUUUCGUGGCAAAAAUUUUGCUGACCCAACCAUUAAAAGUAAAAAAUUUGAUUACCCAACCUCAAAUAUCAAUUAGAAAGUAAAUACCCACCCCUGGCCAAAACCUUUACAAAAGGAUACCAUUCAGUUGUCACACAUGUCCUUUUAAUUGCCACUUUUGUGACAUGAGUUUGAUAACGGCUUGUGAAAUUUUCUGCAGUCUAAAGUUUCAUAUUGUCUGCACAUGUAGUUUCUUUGGAGACACCAUUUGUCUCCUGACAAAUCGGAAAAUGAUGAAGAUAGUGACUUGAUUCACAUAUUGUAUUGACAUAUGAUUGUUGACAUUGCUUUUUAGUCCCCAAUGGAAUAUUUUUGUGCUAAAUCUGCAUGUGCAUAAACAUAUAGUGUUCUGGCUGACCAUGGUUUUAAAUUCAAGAAAUAAUGUCUGUCAACCAUAUGUUGUUGCGCCCAUAGUGGGACAUGGGUGUUAAGGUUCCCCUCAAAUAUUCAAUAGUAAAUCUUCAUUCAAAUGAAUUUCCUGCAGCUGUUUAACCCUGCGAGCAGUGCUCGCCUAUUUUUUCCACCCCUGCCCAGCUGUUUCAUUUUGUCGUAUUUCAUUCAACUAAAUGUACUUUAUCAAAUCUCAUCCAUGCCACCUUAACUUGUUCUCCAGGGUUGUUAUGUUCCCGCGGAAAAGUGUCGGCUGACCCCAGUAGAUCGCGUAUUCACCCGACUGGGUGCGCAUGACCGUAUUCUUUCAGGUAUGUGCCAAAACUAUCGUAAGCUUUGCUUAACCGAAUAGAAUCACAAAUUGACUGAAUUAUUUUGCAGGCGAGAGCACGUUCUUUGUGGAGCUCAGUGAAACAUCGUGCAUUUUACGUCAUGCUACCAAACACUCGUUAGUUUUAUUGGAUGAGUUGGGUAAGUGUCUAGUAUUGUCGACUCUGGCUUACUCCUCAGGGUUUUCUGUGGAAGGCUGUUUGGACAUGUUAGAACUAUUCUAACCCAGUGAGCUCUCUCUCUCUCUCUCUAUAUAUAUAUAUCUGGAGUAAGAACUUCAGUCAUUCGGUCAAUGAGAAAAGUGAAGUCAAGAUGGCGGGCAUUGACGUCCAAUAGCUCUGAAGGUCGCAAACAGUUUUUAUACCAUUUCCCCAAGCUAAUUCCAGGUUUUUCUAAUGGACCGUAUCACUAAUCAAGUUUUCAGUUCAUAAAAUCACAAUAUUAUUCUUUAAAUCGAAGUCAAAAUACGAAAUUUCAACACACUCCUUGCCAAGAUGGCGGAAAUUGAAGGAGCUGUUGGACGUCAGUUCCAGUCCCUUUCUAUUGUUUUUUGUCUGCGCGGUUAACACGAAACUGGCUUCACUUUGAGCAACCAAAUUCCCACUCCAGAUAUAUAUGAAGCUCACUGUUCUAACCUCGUACCCAGGGCCACACUUUACCCGAUGAAACUCUCCAGCAUAUAAAAUAAGGCAACUGGUAAAGUUUAGUUCAGAUUUCCUUCUCUAGUAACACAAUUGAAGAAAUACCCUUACUCAACCUCUCUGAAGAACAGUUUAGUACAGACAGAGCUAUCCAGUAUAAAUAAAGUUAGUUUAUAGUGUAUUGAAAUAAAUAUGAACUCUCAUCGUUUAGGCCGCGGGACAGCAACGUAUGAUGGGACAGCAAUCGCGUCAGCAGUUAUCCAGAAUCUAUCCCAAGAUAUCCAGUGCCGUACCUUGUUUUCAACUCACUAUCAUUCGUUGGUUGAAGAUUUCAGUAAUGAUCCCACAGUCCGCCUGGGACAUAUGGUAGGAUCUAUUCACACUCACUAUUAGUGUAUUUUGCAGUGGAAUAACGUGCUCACGUAUCUCCGUGCUCACGUAUCUCCGUGCUCACGUUUCUCCGUGCUCACGUUUCUCCGUGCUCACGUUUCUCCGUGCUCACGUUUCUCCGUGCUCGCGUUUCUCCGUGCUCGCGUUUCUCCGUGCUCACGUGUCUCCUAAAACGUUUUCUCAAUUUCUAGGCGUGUAUGGUAGAGAACGAGGACGAAACAGGUGACCCAAGUAAAGAAACCAUCACUUUCCUGUAUAAAUUCGUUGAAGGAGCUUGUCCUAAGAGUUAUGGAUUUAACGCUGCAAGACUCGCCAAUAUCCCUGAAGAGGUCAGCUUUUGUAUAUUUAAUAUUUGUUUUAUACAGUCUACUAACAAAUUACACUAACAUUAAUAAUGACAUUGAAUAUAAACUGUUUAUUUUACUGAUUGACUCUUACUGGACCUCUAGGCAGUGGCGUAGCCAGAACGAUAAUUGGGGGGCCCAUUGAUUUCACAAUAAAACAAUUGAUUUCAAAAGAAAUUAAUAAAGCAGAACACGAAUAUAUGAAUAUGUCCCUCCCCCACACGUUCUGGCUACGCCACUGCCUCUAGGAAGAAAAGUUUAGAACUGAUAGAGCUAUCCAGUAAUAAAUAAAUAAAUAAAUAAAGUAAAUAGUUUAGUUGAAAUGUCAAAUUUACAUCAUUCGGAGCCAACUGCAUUCCGCACGUUACACAAACAACGUUUACACAAACGUUUCAAACCGUCUUUAUAGUUCGCACACAGCGUGAAAUAAACCAUCGGAGUCAAACAGCUCGCUAGACACGUGCUGGUCCAUACAAUUUGGAUCGUACAACUAGGCGAUCUUGUUUUUGUUUGCCAGAAUGCUGUGUACAUUAUCGGGAAGGGGAUCUUUGAAACAACAACAAUGACGGUUACUAAAAGAAGCAUUUUAACUGUUCUUUUUAUCGAUUCAUUUUCCUCUACGGUCCUUUCGCCUUGGCCACAAAUUGUUUUUGAAAUACAAAUGCCAAUAACAAUUUUAGCAUAGAAGUAAAUAGUUAGGGCGCUCGGGAGUAUAGAAAAUAACAUGACCCAGACAAUAACAAAGAUAUCUCCAACGUCUUUCGAGACAUUCCGCACAUUAAUAAAGAUAAGUUGACAUGAAAAAAAAAUCGACAGACACCACAUUAAUCCAAUAGCUCUUUUUGCUCCGCGUUUUUCGAGGUGUCGUUGUGGUUCUAAGGCGUAAAAUAACGCCCUGUACCGUUCACUGGCAAGUAGAGUUACUGUAAGCAUCGAAUUUAUGAAGCUAGCAUCUUGUACUGGCGUUGAAAGUUGGAAAAGAUAAAAGCCAUUUAUUUCGUAUCUGUAGAUUGCUGUUUUAAAGCCAUAAGCAAUCGUUGCCGGCGCUUGGACGAGUAGGUACAAUAGAUCAGACGCACUGAUAUUUGUCAGCAAAAGAUUCGUGGGGUUUCGCAUUUCCUUAUUUUUCCAUAUUAUUAUAAGGACUAAAACAUUCCCAGUUAUGCCAAGUAAUAUAAAAGGAAAAAGCACUGGCGUUAUUCUGUAAAUUUCCUCGUUUCCUUCGCAAAAGCCAAACACGUCUGCCAAACUUGUCGAGUUGGCCAUAUUUCUAACGUUGCUGUGUGAACCUUUCUUAAUGCUCCAAGCAGCUGUGUUAAAUGUAGUUCUUGUUUUAAUAAAGAAAUGAAAAUGUCCUGAAGUCGUUUUAAUUACAAUCUUAUCGUAUUAGAAAUAUUAAUAUAUAGUUUUAAUUUCGAUGGGUAUAUAAUUAAUAUUCAAGCUGUUUCCUUCAACGCUAAACUAACUUUAUUUAUACAAUAUAGCUUUAUCAGUUCUGAACUGUAAUUCUCAUUAAGAUUUCCAGUAAACGUCCCUUGUAUAACACCAUGACAGCUUAUUGUAGAAUACUACCUACACUGGACCACCACGUUUGAGAUAUCUUUUUCAGGUAGUUCAAAAAACAAACCACAACAGCUUAUUGUAGAAUACUACCUACACUGGAUCACCACGUUUGAGAUAUCUUUUUCAGGUAGUUCAAAAAACAAACCACAACAGCUUAUUGUAGAAUACUACCUACACUGGAUCACCACGUUUGAGAUGUACACUUUAAAAAAUGCUAGCAUACUGAACUUUUCAGUUAACUCCUUGUCUUUACAGGUGAUUCGUAUGGCUAUUGAUAAAGCAAGAGAAUUUGAAGAAAAUGUUGAAAGAAUUAAACUAUUUAGGUUAGUUUUAGACAAACGAUCUUUUUGCUUGUCUGUUUGCCACGUUUAAGCACAGACAAACUAUAUUUUCUUUGCCCGUCGUUCGUCCAGAUGGAUCAUUCCUCUCUGGUAUAAACCUUGCUAUGUUUUCGCACAUAUUAUAUAUUUCUUCAAAUUGUUUUUUCAGAUCCCUGGCAUGCGAGAAAAACAACAAGAUCAAAGAUGCAAUUGCUCUGGCUCGCGAGAGGUUGAGGUAACCAAACGUUGUGUGGACCAAUCGUUAUGAGGUGUCUAUCAGUCUGAUAUCAAAAUGAUAUCAAUGGAACUGAAACAUUUAGACAGUUUGAAUAGAAUUUGUUUUGUUUUUGAGAAAUGAAUAUAUAUAUAUAGAUGUAGAUUAGGGAUGGAUUUACUUGGGGGGUGGGGUGGGGGUUAGCCCUGGCCAGAGGGGUGCAGAGGGGCGCUAUUUUUCAUGAUAAAGCAAAAAAUAUAAGUAAUAACUAUUAUAAACUUCUCCCUUUCCGUCAGUCCCCACAAGGCUACAACUAGGUGAACUAUAUAGCUGCUCAGUAACUCAGUUACACACUUGUACCGCAUGGAGGCUGUUUUGCCAAAUUGCCAGAAUACUGUUAUGUGUUGAUGGGCGAGCGGCACACAUGACCGACACAACUCGGCACCAGAGCUGGCGGAGCUCACCGUCUUUAAACCGCUGCCACAGAAUACUAUACAGAAGUCCAUCUCCAUUGUUUUUUUGCGUAAGCGCCAUUCGUCAUGAUUCGUCACUCGGCAAGUACCGUAAACAGAAGCAGUCACCCCCUGGACGUGCGCAAUUUUUAGUAUUUCCAGGGGGAGACUGCUGCUUCUGUUUACGGUACUUGCUGAGUGACGAAUCAUGACGAAUAGCGCUUUAUACGCAAAAAAACAAUGGAGAUGGACUUCUGUAUAGUAUUCUGUGCCGCUGCCUAACCUAAUUUCAUACUAACUUUCAGAAAUAGCCUGAAAAGCAGUGGCGGCGCCAGGCUUCCAAAUUUGGGGGGGCAUUUGAGGGGCAAACUCAAAUUUUGGGGGGGCAAGAUCGAAUUUUUAAAAAGGUCGCCCCCCAGGAAAUUCGCCCCCCCCCCUCAAAACGUGGCGAUAUUCCUAGGAAUAUCGCCCCCGCCUAGGAAUAUCGUCUCCCAGGGGGGUGGGGCGAAUACCCUAGGAAUAUCGCCCCCCAUAUAUGCGAUGUGGUUUAUUCAAAUAAUUUCGUGAUACUUUCAUCUUAUUAUUGCCUUACACGUUUGAGAAUUUAACUCUGCAAAACUAAAGCUUUUUUGUCUUUUUUUGAAACGUAUUAUUGGAGUAUUGGCAAGUUUUACAUGCAGAGAUUUACAAACUAAUAUUGAAACUGUAAAAAACAGUUUCAUGUAUAUGCGCAUUCACAAAUGAGUAAUGACAACUUAUAAGCCAUACAUUUUCCGAUAACGACAGAACACUUGUGUAGCCUUUAGUCGCUCUUACCAGGUGAUCUCGUGUUCGUAUUUUAGCCAAUCAGCGCUCAGAAAGGGUUGUCCGAAUAGAAAUUCAUUUUGAUGUAUUCAGUCAAUUAUAUCUUUCGUUAUUCUUUAUGAAACUAGUUGAAAUUUUGUAAUUAAGUUUGGUUAUGGGAACUAUAGCUCUGACAAAAAUAUGGAAUCGAAAUAAAGUAUAUUACAGGAGAUAUUCAGUUGUUUUAAUCAUAAAAUGGAUUUCUAUUUGACAACUAGUGCCAGUACUUUUCCGCGUAUCAAGAUCACCUGGUAGUGACUAAUAAUUUUUUUUGAGGGGGGGCAAAAUGGGGGGGCAAAAAAUAAUUUGGGGGGCAUUUUUGCCUGGCGCCGCCACUGCUGAAAAGUGCCACUGAGAGCUAGUUUACCAAGUAUAAUUUGAACAAACAUGCACAGGCCAGAGUGAUGUUCUCUUCUGCUUGUCUUUAAUUAUGUUCUACUUCUCGAAAAAUCCUUCAAUUCUUCAAGCUUCCUGUAUUCAUGUUUUCAUCUUGACUUGCUACGAUAUUUCGUUUGGCUUUUCUCAAGUUUCCCUAAUUCCCCGAUUAGUACAACUUGUGAACAUUUUCUUGACAGCAGCGCGAUAAUUUUGGCUGAAUAAUAUAAACAUUAAAGGAUGACAAAAAGCUGACACAUGUCCAAGUAGGGAAAUAUAGGUCAAGCAGCCAUAACUCAUAUCUUUCAACGAUAACAAUCUCAGCGCAUAGCCCAGACUCGGUAGUCGUGUGACUCCAAACAAGAAAGUGUUCGUUAUCAACAUUUUGACAAUAUUUUUUUUGUCUUUAAUAUCCUGCGCAUUCGUUACUGACGAAGCUUCGCGGAAGAUUGUUUUUGAAAUGUAAAUACCAUAGAUAAUCUUCCCGUAACAACUCACGAUUAUGAAAAGCGAAAUAGCGACGGAUGUGACAAUGGUUCCCAACAGAAAAUACCAAGAUUUCUCGCUGCCUAUUUGUACCAUGAAGGAUAAUGGCGCUGAGAACAGCAUUGCAAGAACCCAAAUUAAACAAAUCACUAUUUUUACAGCUCGUUUCGUUAACCGACGAUGUAUUUUCAUCGGAUUGAUAAGAGCAUUGUAUCUUUCUAUAGCUAAAAGGGCUAAAUUGACAGCGGUGAUAAAAAAUGGACUUACAACAAAUAUUCUUAUUGCGAGGAAAAAGCUAUAAAUCUCUUUUAUUUCGCUUGAGGUAAACGCUUCACUCGUGUUUUCUAUGUAGAUUAUAAAACUGACCAUCACUGUAGCUACUACAAGGUAAAUGACUUCCGUAAACGCGUUGUUGGCCAGUAGAAAAUUCGUAGGGUUAUGCAUCGCUUUGUUCCGCCAUACGAGCAGAAUGAUGAGCAUAUUAUUGAACAUUCCCACUGCAGAAAUCACCACACCCGCCCAUAUGAGCCCUAAGACUGAGACAGCCUCGGGCAAUUUGCAUUGUAGACCGACGUAGUUUUUCGUCGCAUUGUCCAUUGUUUUUCCUCUUCGUUUCCCAAACUGUUAUCCUCGACAAAAAGACACUCGAACCUAGUGCAAAUAAGCUCAAACUUGUCAAUCGACACAUUUGUUACCCCUCAGUGAAAUAUUUGCAUAGAAAUGUUAGAUUAAGUGAAGUUUCAUAUAAAAUGCAAGUAAUAUAAACACGAUUGAUGAAGCUAAAUUGUUUUUUUAUUAAUAAUAUACACACAUAAAUAAAUGUAUAUUAAAAAGUGGAGACUAUAAAUUAUAAAUGCACUCCUUUUAAACGCACUGUUCAUUUCUCAUCAAGUUUUCAUUAAAAUGAACCAAAAUCUAAUCGACUUUUUACUGGCCUACGACUAUUAGUUCCCCAAAUUUUCGUAUAAAACUAUGUGAUCAUUCUUGAGUACUGCUGACAGACAACCCUCCCCCCUCCCCCCCCCCUCCCUAGCCUGCGCCGCCCACACUACAUGUCAUCAUAGAGUCUACGGCGCAGGCUACCACCCAAAAAAAAACCCACGCUACUGAGCCACCUUAAACGUUCCGAGCUGUUCCGAACACACAUUCAUAUAUGGUCAUCCUCGUACCAAUCCGCCGUAUCUAUGACGUAAUUCGUGUAGGUAACUGUGACGUAAUUAAUUUGUAACAAGUAAUUGUUACUUACAGUUAUUGUUCUUAACACGUUUCGAAGCGAUGUCGAGUGAAAAAUGAGAAUCAUUGUAUUGUUUUGGCUUUUGAUUGCAUGCGUUUGCGUGGCAGUGUUGAGCCGAGUUGGCGACGAAUCAUUGUCGCGCAAUUUGAACUGUUCUGCUGGAAAUUUCAGCGAAAUUUUUUAUCAUUGUAAGUAUAAUUAAUUUUUCAUUGCUAGUGUUUUGUAAACAUUCUUUUUCUCUUUUAAUUGUUUAUUUUAUUUCUACUCAAGUGAACAGUUCUUGCCUCUUUGCAAUUUUUUCUUGUUGGAUCAAAGUAAUGGAAGAUUUCAACUUGAUUUUAUUUUUUUCUAGGGAAUGUAUCCAGCUUAACGUUGAAAGAUGUCAAGUGCGGAGUUGGUUAUUUGGGUGAGUGUUCGAAACAGGUUUUAGUUCUGAACUAUAUGAACGUUUUGGUGCGCAAAUUUUAAAUGAAGUAAUCUUUUAUUUUCAAAUUUUAGGGAACAUCAUUUACCAUUUUGGUAGCGAGUGUUGGCUGUCCUUUGUGCACUUCGUACAUGUAUUGCAAUCUUCGUUGAUAAUGUCAAUCAUAAUUACGUUGUACUACUUCAGUGUGGCGUUGUUGGCAUGUGAUAUUUUCUACACUGUCAUUAUUAAACCGAGGUAAUUUGCACUUGAUAGCUCUAUCAGUUCCUAACUGUUCUCUCUAGGGGAUCCAUUAAAGAUCAUCUCUUAUUGAUCCAGUGUUACUACAGGAGGAAACCUAAACUAAACUAACUUUAUUUAUACUGGAUAGUUCUAUCAGUUCCAAAAUAUUUUCCCUAGAGGUCCAGUAAAGACCAUCUCUUACUGAUCCAGUGUUACUACAGGAGGAAACCUAAACUAAACUAACUUUAUUUAUACUGGAUAGCUCUGUCAGUUCUAAACUGUUCUCCCUAGAGGUCCAGUAAGGAUCAUCUGUUAUUGAUCCAGUGUUAAUACUACAGGAGGAAACCUAAACUAAACUAACUUUAUUUAUACUGGAUAGCUCUGUCAGUUCUAAACUGUUCUUCCCUGUAGAGGUCCAGUAAGGAUCGUCUCUUGUACGCAGGGCGCUUAUAUAUAUAAUAGCGAGGUUUAGCAAAGACGACGCGACGUCAACCACGACGUGAGAAUGGCGUAAAAAUGGCGUGGGCACAUCCAUAGAUGGGCAUAUCACGCCAUUUUUACGCCAUUUUCACGUCGUCUUUGACGUCACGUCGUCUUUGCUAAACCUCGCUAAUAUAUAUAUAAGCGCCCUGCUUGUACGUGUGGCAUGCGCGCGCUAAUUAGAACAAUCACGUCGUGUCUUACGUCACUGUUUAAUCGACCUUUAAAUGACGUGAGCAAACAGAUCACGACAUUUUUAGUAUAAAGUACGCGUGAAUUCAAAUUUAGUCAGUUGAACUUGUAUUAAGUUCUUUGUAUGUUUGCAUGGUGAUAAAAUAUAAUAGGUUUUGUUUGUGGAAACACCACGUAAAUUUAUUACUGAACUUGUAUUAUUUGCACUGGGAUGUUUUUACUAUAAAAUUGCUUGGUGUUUUCGCCAAAGCAAAACAAUCAUCGUUAUUUCACCAUGCAAACAUGAAAACAACUUAUUUUAUUUUUUGUUGUAGAUUUCUGCCGGAAGAGAGACAAGGUGUCGACGUUUCCGACAGCGAAAAAGAAGACGCUGCCUCUAGCAACACCAGUUCAACGAUUUCGAUUCAUAUGCUGUUUGAAUUGAACUCUGCUAUGUCUGUGAACUCCGCGUUAAAAUUAGACAAGGAUUGUUCCUGGUCAGUGGUUGAAUCUUUGUCUAAUUUAAGCGCCAGCCAUUCAAAUGUAAGUAUGUUUUAA